CGCUCGUACUCGACCUCUCUCAUACAAAUUACAAAUACAAUAAGCAAAAGCUUGGCCACCGAAACGUUACGACAUUAUUCCGAUUCAAUUGCUUCUCUUCAUUCCUUUCUCAUUCUUCCGUCCUCAAUUUUGAGAAACUCAAAAAUGGCCAUCAGAUCCCUACUGCAGCUGAAGCAUCUGGGCGCCCGCGUUUUCUCGACCGCAGCCAAAGAACCGGCUAAAGGACUUUUGAUGGGGACUGGCCGUGGCCGGGCUACGAGUUUCCUGCGUGCCGGCGAUUUAGGUGUGCCAGCAGCAUGGACAAAUAUGGUCUGUCUCAGGUUCCCCGCGUUGGGAAUACGGAAUGGGAGCACCUUGGCAUUGGGUGAAGAAGAACAAAAGACCGGGGUGCAAACCGGUUCGACCGGCUUCCCAGCUGAUGGUUCGGGAAACAAAGCCAUUUUUAGCUACUGGAACAUUACUCCAGCCAGGGUGACCAAGGACGACGGUACCAGUUGGAAGUGGAGCUGUUUUAGGCCAAUUGACUCGUAUAAUGCGAACCUGUCGAUCGAUCUAAAGAAGCACCACCAACCAAGAUCGUUCGUGGACAAACUUGCUUACCGGACUAUCAAAGCUCUCAGAUACCCAACCGACCUCUUCUUUCAGAAGCGAUAUGGAUGCCGUGCGAUGAUGCUGGAGACGGUGGCUGCAAUCCCCGGCGUGGCCGCAGGGAUUCUCUUGCACUUGAGAUCCCUGAGGCGAUUUGAGCAUAGUGGGGGCUGGAUCAAGGCUCUUCUAGAAGAAGCUGAGAACGAGAGAAUGCAUCUCAUGACGUUCAUGGAGGUGUCGCAGCCCAAAUGGUAUGAGCGAGCUCUGGUUUUUUCGGUCCAGGGCAUUUUCUUCAAUGCCUACUUGUUGACUUACUUGAUAUCGCCCAAGUUGGCACACCGAGCAGUCGGAUACCUAGAAGAGGAGGCAAUACACUCGUAUACUGAGUUCUUGAACGAGUUGGAUAAGGGUACUAUCGAGAACGUCCCGGCCCCGGCCAUCGCUAUUGAUUACUGGCGUUUACCGCCGAAUUCGACUCUCCGUGAUGUGGUUGUGGCCGUGAGAGCCGACGAGGCGCAUCACCGCGACGUUAACCACUUUGCAUCGGACAUACACAACCAAGGUUAUGAGCUGAGGGAAACUGCUGCUCCACUGGGGUAUCACUGAACUUUUAGAGUGGAGGAAAAGUGAUUUAUGAUUCAGAAAAAGCUGAAUAAUAUAGUGUUCUGUUUGUCAAUAAAUAAAAGUGACCUUAGUCUUGUUUUUUUUUUUUUGUAUGGUCUUUAUUAAGUAAUAAGUUAGUUGUUAUGGGUGUUAAGUGGGCUGGGCUUUUGGCCUGAUCCCACUAUUUUGAUUUGAGUACAUUGCAAUGAAAUUCUUGAUGGGACAUAUUAAAUUCUCAACUUCAUUCUCUA